UUAAAAGGCCAAUCGCAUGCACAAUGCAACGAGAAUCUUCCAGUUGUUUCAAUUGUUUGGAAACCGCAGGCGUCUCAUAUCCCGCCGCUAUAACUAACCACGAUUUCGUUCCCCCUCUCCUUAAGCGAGAUGAUUUCGACCGUUUCACGAAUAAAUUCCUCCUUUCGUUUCUUCACCGCUUCCACUGCCACUUUCCGUUGUCCUUGUUUACUUCGCGUUCAGUCGCGAUCAGUGCACGUAGAAUAUAUACACUUCCAGAAGGAAGAAUUGCACGACGCAACGGCUAGAAAUUAUUUCAAAUUUUGGAAUAAAGUGAUCUAUUUUCUAUGACGUUUUCUGCAACGAUCGUAAUGUGAAUCGCAAUGCAAUAACAAUUCGUACAACUAUGCCAACUGGAUAAUUCCCGUGUGAUCCAACAUGCAUACGCGUCCAUAUGCAAAUGGAGUUGAAACAUCGUCAUUGUCGUUGAUAGUUGCGCAUGCGCGUCCGCUAUCGCGAAGCGGACAGAAGCGUGAUCAGUCGGCGGGUCGGCCAACUGGUUUAGCGCGUGUCGGUUUCUCGACGGUCAGGAUCGAUCGUUACGAUUAUUAUUUCACGAGGAAAGAUCGUAUGCGAGGAGCGAUCGGACGAAAAUAGACAGAUCGAGGAGUGACGAAAAGACACGAUGAUAUCUCUCGUAGACACAACAGAGCAGUAACGGCUAAACUUCAUUUCAAACUACUGCCGAGUGUCUCCCAACGCCCCAUGUUAUUUCUUGAACGCGCGCAGAUUUCGUGUAAAAGGUCAUAAGGAUAUUUUUUCAUUGAAAAGGUAGACAAAGGUCAUCGAACAUGACGAAUAUCAACGCAGUGUCUGUACCUCGGAACCAAAAUAUCUCAUUAAAUUCCACUGGUUUUCGCUUGUCGAAUGGGAUCGAAAAUGUAAUCGAGAAGAUUGAGAAUCUUCGGCUUACUCACGACACAGUCGAUCAAUCAAAGGAAAUAUGCGGUUUCGACGCGUGUCGGACAAAACACAGCGUACGAAGAAUCCCCGGUUGUCAAAUGUCGAACAAUAACGACAUCUACGACUGCGAUCAUGACCAUGAUAGGGAGAACGAUCGAAACGAUCUGAUUGAACGGGGGCCGAUUAAAUCGCAAUUUUGUUCGCUGACUCGCAGUCAACCUUACUGGACGAGCGUCGAACAGCCUCGGAAUUUUCAAGCAAAUGAAACAGUUCCGAUCGAUUACGAUAAAACUGCGGAACAAAUUCUACGUGAUAAAGAAUGUAGUGAAAAAUUGAACGCUUGUCUCGAUCAAUUACAAGAUUUGGAGAGAACAAGCUGCACUUACGAUAGUAACGCUAGAGAUGAAGAUACAUCGCAAGUCUAUAGUUUAAGGAAGGAUUUUUCUUCGACUCCAUCGGCGAUCGUCGGGAACGCUUUAAGCGACGACUUGUUAUUAUUGGAGAAUGUGCUAUGCGGAGCUUUUCAAGCGGCCCAACAAGUAACAAAGAAGAGUUUCCUUCGUUCGCAGGAAACGGUGGAAACUUUCUUCGAUACUUGUUUGACCGAUGGUAAUACGAUCGUUUCCAGUUCUGAGAGCCGUGAAUCGAGCCGCACUCACUCACCGGCUUUACCUAUAUCUACACAAUCUUCGGGAAGAUCGCAACCAAAGACGAAUCACAGCCCAAUCGGCUCUCCUCGGAUCACCGUCACAUCAACGUGCAGACCGGCGCAAAUUUUCUCCUGUUCUUCAAGUUGCUCGCCUUCUUCUUCGAGUCAGUCGUACGGUGACACAUCAAGUCCGAACAGUUCGUUUACGUAUCAGACGACAGCCGGUUCGCAAAUCGAGGAACGAUUCAAACAGGAUUUCGAAAAUUUCCAGUUUUGGAGGCUCGAUGGCGACACUGUCGUCUCCAACACCAUAGUAAAUGAUAUCGACGAUAAUGAACUGUGGUCGCAAGUGAUGGAUGAGCUAGUGAGUAAUUUAAACGGAGAAAAAGGCAAAGUGGGAGAAGCAUAUUUGCAGGACCCUUCGAAAGUGGAAAACGCCACGAAUACGAUUACCUUCCAAACCAAUACUUUGCAGCAAGUCCGACACUCUUCGAAUCGCGAUAAUGUUCCCAACGAAGGUGUAACGGUUGCGAAACCUGUAUCUUGGUCCGACAUAUCAUAUUCUCCGGUAUCACGAACUAACAUUCCUCAGGAAGAUACCCAGAAGAUCGAAACGACUGAUAAUCCUAUAAACGCGCCUUUGCUUUCGAAUUACACAAAAUAUGAUAAAAGUUACGGAACUCUAGUUAAACAACGUUCGGCAGAAACAAUCAGUACGAAGGACGACAUUCAUCAAGAGCGUGAUUUCUCCCAGUUGUUUCAUUCGUUUGGUGAUUCCUCUCCAACCGUGGACGCGACUGUCGCUACCAAUUUCAGCUUUGAUGAUUUUACCACGAAAGGCUUAUCAAUGAGUCCUAAAGACGAUUAUCAAAUCCCAAAAAUGGUUGCUUCGUUCGAAAAUCAUUCUCAGCAACGCUGUUUUAACAAUUCUGAUCAAAAUACGAUACCCUGGUCAUCCUUAAAUUUGCCAUCUGUAAAAGCAAGCGAAAAAUUGAAAGAAAAAUUGGAUCCGCAAGAAGUGAAGAAGGCUAUGAUUAGUUUGCUUAAACGGCCGGCAAAAGAACUAGCCAAACAGGACAAAGAUGGAGAUACAAAACUGAUGUGUCUGGUUGGCAAUCCGAACGAACUUGUUCAAAAGAUGGCCUAUUUGGUACCGCUCGUAGAACGUAUGAGUACAAUCACGGGAGCUUUAACGAUUACGAACAAUCGCGGUGAUGAUGCGCUUUAUUUGGCUGCUCUGAAUUGUCCACAAUUUCCGUUUGUUGCUGGUUAUUUAGCUGCGACUAUGUUGGAAAAAGGAAUCGACUUCAGUCAACGAUUGUAUCAUACUCGAGGAGACACACUGAUACACUCGAUUGCGGCACAAGGGGAUUCUCAUGAAGAAAUUUUAGCUGAAUUGUUGGCUUUGAGAACCAUCCAAGGGAACCGGCUAUUUGACCUAUCGAAACGUAACUAUGAUGGUAGAACAGCGCUCCACAUUGCAAUCGAAUCGCAUAUACCAUUUACAAAAGGAAUCACGUCAUUGGAAACGAUAACACUACUGUUAAAAUACGGAGCAGAUCCUAGAAUCAAAGAAACAAAAUAUGGGAACAAUGCGUUACAUAUGGCGGUUUCUUUGGAUUGCGAUCCUGUUCUUGUAAAGUUAUUACUGGAUACUUGGGCUUCUGAUUUGGUGAACGCCGUCAAUUACAAUCACGAUACAGCGCUGCACGCAGUAGCAGCUAUGUCGACCAACGUUUCCUUCGACAGGCAGAAGGAAGUGUGUUGGCUAUUGGUUCAGGCCGGAGGCCACACGAAUUUACCGAAUCGUGAAGGAAAAACACCAUCAGACCUUGUUUCCACGGACAGGAAGGAAGCUAUCAGAGAGAUUUUUCAGAAGAGGUCUUAAGGACAUCGCAAUAUUUUAAUAUUGCAAUGUUGCUACCCCGCUUUCUCGUAUCGUUUUAUAUAUACGUAUUAUUACUUAUCGUUCACGCAUCUUAUCAUUCGAAUUGUUUCUCUGCUACAGACCGUUUUUUAUACAGUCUUCCAAAUAUGGAUAAGAAAACAAAUCAAAUUCGUUAACAGGAAUUAGGUUGUAGAAAUAUUGUUAUACAAAUCCAUGGUACAAAUACACAGUUAAGAUGUAAA